AUGACCAGCGGGGCCUGGGAUGUCUGCUGCUAGGUGGGGGGAAUGGCUUGACAGGGGUGAAGUGUGACCUCCAGCCAGGCUCCAGCCUGGCUCCAGCUCAUGGUUCCGACCCACCAGCUCGCUUUCCAACAGCUUCCUGUUUUCCUGCAGGCGCUGUCCGUAUCCACACCAACCACCUGCUCUACCCAUGUGCAGCAGGGCCUCUGCCUCCACACACAGAACUUGCAGGGCUUUAGGAUUUCCAGGACUACUUGUUCAUGGUGCAGAAAUGCUUGCUGCUGCUCUAUGAGUAGUGAAGAUGACCUACUGCUUCUGCCAAGUCUUCCAUGUAAAGAGACAAUGGUCCUUGACUGGGACCCUACAGCAUCAUAACCCCAACGGGAAGCUCGUCCUGAUGCCGAUGACCCCAUGCACUGCCAAGGGAAGGACUUCCCUGCUGACCUGCUGGAGAAGCUGGCAUGACACAGCAGGGAGUGGAGGAUAUUAACAAGCAUGCGAGGGAAGCAGCAGAAACCACCACACCCAUUUUACAGAAGAGAGCGGGAAGAAAUGUUGUCAUCUCUUCUGGACAAAUACUGCUGUGUAAAACAGGAAGUGUCUAAAGACUGGCCUAGAGAAAGGAAGGGCAAGUUCUUCCUUUUGGAGAGAAGUGGGACUGACCAGGGAUACCCAGACAAAUUCAGCUACUGACGGAUGAACACCGGCAGCAGGUGUCAGGACGCCCAGACUUGCUCCCCAGCCCUCCAACAUGUCAUCAUCACCUCAGGCAGCCUCUGCUCUACCUGCACCUACCUGCACUGCGCCUUUCUUGGACUCUGAGUUUCAGGAAAAGUUUUUUCUUGCUGAUGUUAACGAGGGAAAAAUGUGUGUGGUACCAAUUACAUCUGGAGAAACAGGAAAACUCUGUUCACUGGUUCAGCUGUAUAAAGACAAUUAUUAUAGAACUACAAAUGCCAUCCAAAGCAGAAAAUACUUUACUGAUCUAAGCAAAGAGUCUGACCGUCUUGAACACCAACUUGCAGAGCCUACACAGGAGAAAAUUUGGAAGCAAAGUUGGGCUCCAUGUCCUCAUAAAUAUCAGAUCAAGAUUACAGAACUGUCACCGCUGCUUAAAAAAAGGUCACCAAAAAAUCACCUACAACAGAGCUUGAAUGAAAGUGCGUCAAGAAGGUAUGCUUCAGGCAAAGAUAAAUGGCAGAAGGAAAAUGCCCCUCGUGAAAAUGGUGCUUUACAGGAGGUUUUUGAAGCAGACAUGAAAAUUAAUUCAGCAGAGGACUUUAUGCCAACUUUUAAAGAUGUUAUUGGCAGAAUAACAAAUGCUUGUAAACUUUCUGUAUCAGAGAUGACAAUUACUGGUACACAAGAGGAUUUGCUGGUAGAGGAAUUAGAAACACUCAAAACAAAAAGAUUGUUGUGGCUUUCACUUCAAACAAGAGAACAUGAACAUUUAAGCAGCAAAAAUAUCGACACUUUGAUACAGAAGUUAAGUGAAAAUGAAACCCGAAAUGCUAAUCUCAGGAGAAGGAUACUUGAAAGGGAGAAACAUGUCAAAGAACUUUCAUCCAUGCUUCAGUUUAAAAAAAUCAAUGUACUGAAAGAAGACCACAUAUCAAGAUCGGCAAGCACAGUAGAAGCUCACCUGCAGUGUCAGAUUCAAAGAAAAGGAGUGGAAAAUGAGGAAUUAAAACUGAAAAUACAGACUCUAGAAAAGAAAAUAGCAGAGUACAAACUUCGAGUUGGUGAAUACAAGCAUCAGAUAUUAGCCUUAAGGGAAACAAGUGAGCAAGAGAAGACUGGUCUGAGAAAAGCAAUCACAUCCCAGAAACGAAAAGCUGCACAUUUUGAAGAAGCUGUGAAAAACUUAACCUCCAGAAUAAGAGAACAUGAAGUCAAAUUGUCUGAAAUACUCUCAGCUUCUGAUGUCUGGAAAAAACAGCAUGAUAGAAUGGUAGAAGAAAAGGCAAUGUUAGAAAUUCAAACAGAAGACCUUAAGAAGCAGAUAACAAGCCUUUCUGAAGACCUGAAAAGAAAAGAGGAAUACAGAAGAAAAUCUAAUGAGGAAAUUCUUGGAAAGCUAAAUUCUGUUAACUCUGAAAAUGAAAAGAUUUAUCUUGAAAAUGAAAAAUUAAAGGUUUCCCUUGCUACAUUGGAAAACAGUACUGGUUCUUUUGAAAAUGAGAUGCUAGGUCUGCAAGAAAAGGCAAAGUUACAGGAAAACCUUGUUGAACAGUGUAAAAUUCAGGUACAAAAAUUACAAACAGAAGUAGGAUUGAAAUCCAGAUAUGAAACAGUCUUAAAUGAAAACAAAAGAAUAACAGAAAACAAAUGUUUAGAAGUAGAUGAGGUGAAGGACAAAAUAGAGGCUGAGUCAAAGGAGUUAGAACAUGUUUGUGACAUACUGAAUGCAGCUGAGGAAAAGCUGCAAGGAUUUCAAGAAAAGCUUAUGUACUGGGAAAGGAUCAAUGCACAGAAACACAAAAACCCUAGGGAGCUACACGUUCAGGAGGAAGACAACAUAAAUUCCAUGGACAGUCAUUCCUUGGAAGUAGAAAACUUUAACAUUCAGAAGAAAUAUGAAGACCUUAAGAGGAAAUUAGAAAAGAUAGAAUUUCAAAAUGAAGAACUUGCUUAUCAGCUCAAAAAAGAAGAUGAGAGUCUUCAGUGCAGUAAAUUGCAGCUUGAAAAGAAAAUUGCAGAGUAUAAUGGUUUAACCAGACAACUGGAAUCUGCUUUGGAGGAAGGGAAAAAAAUGGUAGCUGAAGAAUUUAAAAGACUGUCAUACACAGAACAAGCCCUUCAGACAAAAAUACUACUCCUUGAAUCUGAACUGAGAGAGUGGCAAGAAGAGAAAAACCAAAUUCUCUGCAGAUUUCACCAUAAUGAAAAGCACCAUGAGAUAUGCUUGAAAGAGCUGGAGAACAGCCUACGAAAGUCAGAAAACAAGAACCAGAGCAUCCAGAAUUAUGUGCGGUUUUUGAAAACCUCAUACAUAACAAUGUUUGGCUGAAUCCUUUAACUUCAUUAAUUUUAAUAAUAAAGAAACUUUACAAGAUUUGGCUCUAACUGUUGUUAGAGUCAAUGCUAUUGAGGCCUCAGAAUUUUGCUGGAUUGAACUAUAUUAGUUUAGUUUGUUUUAGGAAAACUUCUGCUAUGGAUCUGGAAACAUGGGUCAAUUAUUGUAUAUCCUACUGGUUGGUUACAUUCAGAAGAUUUAGUUGGUAUUACUGAUAUAAAUAAUUGUAUUAUUCAUGGAACAGAAAAGAAAAGGCAGUCUGUGAUAGUAGUGAAAUGUGUGUAAGUGUAGGGUAUGCACACAGAGUUGUAAAUUGGUCUGUGAAUUUACCAUGUGUUAGGUCUUGUGCUAUAAAUUCUUGUGUGUCCUUUUAGUUCAUGGUAAAUGCCAGCUUAUCAUAAAUUACUUUUCAGUCUCAAUGGGGGAAGAGAACACUCAUGGACUGGCUGUAUAAUAAUUUGCAUAUCUUUGUUAUUAAUAAUUAUAUCUUAUUUAUCAGUCAUUAUCCAUCUGUUUCUGUAGAGAUCUAGCUGCCCAAGGUGAUGACACACAUUCUGUUAAGACAAGCAGGAAUUUAGAAAUAAUUAGGUUCUCUCCCUUUCUUUUUCCUGUAACUUAGCACCAUGUGUAAUGUGUAGUGUAGUACACAAUACUGCGCUGUGUGAAAGGCUUGCAGCCACCAGGCUGUUCCAUCCAGCCUUGUUCCCUACAUGCCACCAUCCCAUUAUGAAAAGGAGUACAUCUAUCUUUUACAAAUAUAAUUAGAAAAGUAUUUUAAAUAUAAAUAUAAUUUAAGCUCGGAAUGUGUUAAAAUACCCUUUCAUGUUGACACAGCUUCAUUAAGACAAUUAAGUGUUUCCGUGUUCUAGUACAAAGCUACCGUUCCCUGAGGUAAGACUUACUUAUGCCUCAGGUUAAAUGUGUAAAUAUUCAGUUGAUACAGGACUAAUACAGAAAAAAACAAUUCUUAUUCAGAAAGUAGCUGUUUACAGGCUUAUAGAACUGUGAUAUGUUUUCUUUUUCAGAAUAGUACAUUCAUAUAAGUUAAAUAUAUGUAAUUUAGAGCGCAUAUUUAAAUAAUAUUUUUGGACUGGAAACAGGUUGGUGCACACUCUGUUAUGCAUAGUAUUUUAUUGUUAUUUAUGUGUAGAAUGUUGAUGCUCUUUUUUCAUUAUUUUGCAAAUGCUCAUCCAUCCUAACAAAUACUGAUAUGGGAUAAUUAUCUGCUCAUGUGUACAUUUUGGAUAGAAGUCCAUGAAUGGCUUUUAAAAGGUUGUCCUGAAAAAUUGCAUGCUUUUCACUGAUUAAAUGAUACAAAGACAUACAGUAACUUGAUUUCAGCCUAUCUAUUGCUACUCAGGAAAUAAGAUCUUUUUCUUUUUUCCCUUGCGUCGUUUGCCAGAAACAGAUCUGAAGUUACUAAAGUUGUUGACAGCUUCAGGUACCUCUUUAUCUGUGAAUGUCCUGAACAAGUUUGUAUAUGGCAAGUUCUAGAUGCAUAUAAUAUGCAUACUGAUUGUUACUAAUUGUUGUAUAUCUUUGGACUGUAAGUGGCUCAUACUCAUCUACUUCUGAAUUGAGACAGAAAAAUUCAGCUCUGUGAAUUAACCUGUGUAGACCUUGGAUGUUCUUGAAGCCUCUAAAUCAAUCAGAUACUUGGUUCUAGAUGAUAAUAGGCAUCAGGAGCCACUCUGUGCUGCAGAAUUGUUAAGAUGCGAAAUGUUAUUAAUGUAUUUUGGAGAACAGAUUAAUUUAAUCAGAGAAGAACAGCGUAUUUUACAUCAUAGAAGACAGCAUUAGAGAAGAAACUUGUCCAAAAGGAGAUGAGAAUAACCAACAUAAUUGAGCUUAGCUAUUCCGAAGGAAUCAUAGGGAAUGUUAGUCAGUGUAAAGAUCAGCUGACAUGUAUACAAGGCAUGUAUUGAAUAUCAGACAUUCCUAAAUUCUGAUCCGUACAACACUUUUCCUGUGGUGCACAAGUGGGUUAUUCACGUGAUGCUGAAUCCUUUAACCAAGUCUUCAGCUGCUGAGUAGCAAAAAAAAAAAAAAAAAAAAAAAAGUUAAAGUGCACCUAUGUCAACUGGCUGUGGUUCACUUUGAGCCUAACGGAUAUUUUAAGUCUGAGUACAGGAGAUAAUUUUCAUGUUUAUUGGAGACAAAAUUAAGUCAAUUCUGCCAUGAUGGUGAUCACAACUGGCCCAUACAACAAAGUAGCCUGGACAAACAAAUAAGCUUUGACAAGAUCAAUUUAGUAUGCUUGGAAAAUAGCAGCUGAGCUGGAAAAAUAUGGGGUUAAUAGUGACAUUGCAUGUUCAUAAUAGACAUUUGUAAUGUUAUGUGGCCAAUUUAGUUUUAGAUUGC